UUUUGUCAGUCGCCAGCGGAUCCCGCGCGCUGGAGAAGUGCAGUUCCUCUUGGUUACCAACUCGUCCGUUCUCCCUCUGUGGUGCGGACGCCCUCGAAGAGCACUCACCACAGACACAGCCAGUCUUCCCUACAGUGCCGCCACUGCUGUUGCAUCUGCCCGGAACUAGUGCGCUGUCUUCCUCCCUUGCCACUGACAGGCGCCCUCGGGGAGCCGCCGUCAGCGAUGUCAAGCGAGGAAAGCUACCAGGCCAUCCUGCGCUACCUGACGAACGAGUGCGAGCCGUACGCGCCGGGCACCGAGGGUAAUGUCAAGCGUAAAAUCCGCAAGGCGGCCGCCUGCUACGUGGUGCGCGACGGAACGUUGUAUUACCAGCGGCGGCAGCGGCACCGCAAGACCUUCGCCGAGCUGGAGGUGGUGCUGCAGCCCGAGCGGCGCCGGGGGCUUAUCGAGGCUGCGCACCUGGGCCCAGGCGGCACUCACCACACCCAGCAUCAGACCUGGCACGACUUGUCCAAGACGUACUGGUGGCGAGGUAUAUUAAAGCAAGUCAAAGAUUACAUUAAACAGUGUAGCAAAUGCCAGGAGAAGCUAGAUCGAUCCCGUCCUAUAUCAGAUACUUCAGAAAUGUUGGAAGAAUUGGGACUAGACCUUGAAUCUGGAGAAGAAAGUAAUGAAUCAGAGGAUGACCUGAGCAACUUUACUUCGCCUCCAACUACAGCUUCCAAGCCUGCAAAAAAGAAGCCAGUAUCCAAACAUGAACUUGUAUUUGUUGACACCAAAGGAGUGGUGAAACGUUCUUCUCCAAAACAUUGUCAGGCUGUCUUAAAACAGCUGAACGAACAGAGACUCUCUAACCAGUUCUGUGAUGUUACUUUGUUAAUUGAAGGAGAAGAGUACAAAGCUCAUAAAUCUGUUCUGUCAGCUAAUAGCGAAUAUUUUCGAGAUCUUUUUAUUGAGAAAGGAGCUGUUUCCAGUCAUGAGGCAGUGGUGGAUCUUUCUGGCUUUUGUAAGGCAAGCUUCCUUCCUUUACUGGAAUUUGCCUAUACUUCUGUGCUAAGUUUUGACUUCUGUAGCAUGGCUGAUGUAGCCAUCUUGGCUCGUCAUCUUUUCAUGUCAGAAGUUUUAGAAAUCUGUGAAAGUGUACAUAAACUAAUGGAAGAGAAGCAGCUAACAGUAUAUAAGAAGGGUGAGGUACAAACAGUUGCAUCUACACAGGACUUACCAGAACAAAAUGGAGGUACAGCACCUCCUGUGGCUAACAACGAGGGAACCACAACAACUUUAUCCACUGAACUUGGGGAUUGUGAAAUUGUACUGCUGGUGAAUGGAGAAUUGCCAGAGCAGAAUGGAGAGCUAGGACAACAGCCUGAGCCCCAGGUUUCUUCACAGACUGAAGCUGCUCUGUCACCUGUAGGCUGUGUAACUGAUUCCCAUCCUGAAAUGGAGUCUGUUGAUUUAGUAACAAAAAACAGCCAGACAGAACUAGAAACUUUAAACAGCAGAGAAGAUGGCACAGUCUCUAAUACUCAUCCUAAGCUUUCAAAAGAGAAUGUAAUCAGUAGCUCUCCAGAAAACAGUAAUAUGGGAAAUGAUACAGCAACAGAGGAUAUCUGUGCUGAAGAUAUUUCAGAGCCUAGGCAGAACCUUGGCCAGUCUUUAAAAGAUCAGGAAAAUCUAGUUGAACCGACAGCACAGACAGACCAUAGUCCCGAUGAUGAUGAUACUUACAGAAGCAGGCUUCGGCAGCGUUCUGUUAACGAAGGGGGAUAUAUCCGACUACACAAAGGAAUGGAGAAGAAGCUGCAGAAACGGAAAGCCAUUCCCAAGUCAGCAGUUCAACAGGUGGCUCAGAAAUUAGUUCAAAGAGGAAAAAAGAUGAAACAACCAAAAAGGGAUGCUAAAGAGAAUACCGAAGAAGAAGCAUCCCAUAAAUGUGGGGAAUGUGGAAUGGUUUUUCAGAGACGGUAUGCUCUUAUAAAGCACAUACUGAAACAUGAAAGAGCUAGAGAUUACAAGUGUCCAUUGUGUAAGAAACAGUUUCAGUACAGUGCCUCCUUGAGAGCACACCUUAUUCGACAUACCAGGAAAGAUGCACCUACUUCAUCCUCUUCCACUUCUGCAUCAAAUGAGGCAUCAGGAUCAUCGUCUGAGAAGGGCAGAACCAAACGAGAAUUUAUAUGUUCGAUAUGUGGAAGGACAUUACCUAAAUUAUAUUCUCUUCGAAUACAUAUGUUAAAGCACACAGGGGUAAAACCACAUGCAUGCCAGGUCUGUGGAAAGACUUUCAUCUACAAGCACGGUCUAAAAUUACACCAGAGUCUCCAUCAAUCACAAAAGCAGUUCCAGUGUGAACUGUGCGUUAAGUCAUUUGUUACCAAACGGAGUCUUCAGGAACAUAUGAGUAUUCACACAGGAGAGUCCAAGUACCUUUGCUCAGUUUGUGGAAAGUCUUUUCACAGGGGCUCUGGGCUCAGCAAGCACCUAAAGAAACACCAACCAAAGCCUGAAGUUCGAGGCUAUCAUUGUACUCAAUGUGAAAAAAGUUUCUUUGAAGCUAGAGAUCUUCGCCAGCACAUGAACAAACAUCUUGGUGUGAAGCCAUUCCAGUGCCAAUUUUGUGAUAAGUGCUAUAGUUGGAAAAAAGAUUGGUAUUCCCAUGUGAAGUCUCACUCUGUCACUGAGCCUUACAGGUGUAAUAUAUGUGGCAAAGAAUUUUAUGAAAAGGCAUUGUUCAGAAGGCAUGUAAAGAAAGCUACCCAUGGAAAAAAAGGAAGAGCAAAGCAAAACCUGGAACGGGUGUGUGAACAAUGUGGAAGAAAAUUCACUCAGCUGAGAGAGUAUAGGAGACACAUGAACAACCAUGGAGGAGUUAAGCCAUUUGAGUGCUUAACAUGUGGAGUAGCUUGGGCUGAUGCCCGAUCUCUAAAACGCCACGUCAGAACACAUACAGGUGAACGGCCCUAUGUCUGUCCCGUAUGUAGUGAAGCCUACAUAGAUGCUCGAACACUCCGUAAACAUAUGACUAAAUUCCACAGAGAUUAUGUGCCUUGCAAAAUUAUGCUGGAAAAAGAUACCCUUCAGUUUCAUAACCAAGGAACUCAAGUGGAGCAUGCUGUUAGCAUCUUAACAGCAGAUAUGCAGGAACAAGAAAACAGCGGUCCUCAAGAACUUGAAACUGUGGUAGUGACAGGAGAAACUAUGGAAGCUCUCGAAGCUGUUGCAGCUACUGAAGAAUGUCCGUCAGUAUCUACACUUUCUGACCAAAGUAUUAUGCAAGUGGUUAACUAUGUGUUAGCACAACAGCAAGGACAGAAGCUAUCUGAAGUUGCAGAAGCUAUUCAAACUGUUGAAGUAGAGGUGGCCCAUAUUUCAGAAACAGAGUGAAUGUAGUAAUGGAGAUGAACAGAAGGGACAUCUCACAUAAAUUGAACUCACAGAACAUUUGUUUACAGUACUAUGUGGCUGUCCGCCUAGAGUUUGUAUGUUAAGGCUCUGGGCUGUUUUGGUGGUAUUUUAACAUUUCUAAACGGUUUGUCUGGCUAAUGGGUUCUGUAGAAAAGUCCAUUUACUGUAAAGAAAUUGAAAACAAAUCUAUUUGAUGGCAGUGGAU